AUGACACAAAAAUCUCACUAUUAUAUGACAUUUUAUCCACCUCGUCAUAUUCUUACUUUUCAAACUUAUUUUACAAUCCGAAAUGCACCUUAUAUCAUCAAAAAAGAUUGUCAAACUCUUAUAAGAUUUGUCCAUCCAAAUGCUAAAUUACCAAAUGCUAAAUUACCAAAUGAUGGAUCACUAUCUAAAAAAGACGUUCAUCUAAAACUUUUGAGAGAAAUUGGAAAAAUACUGGAGGAAAUUUUUAGAGUUUUGCCAAGACAUAGUCGAAAUCUUAGCGUAUCAAACAAUCAAUUGGUGAUUUCAGAUGUAGUUGAAAAAGGCAAAUUAUUUGUGGCUGCGUGCAAUGAUAAGUCAAAAAUUCCAAAUAUUAUAAUGUCAUUAUAUGUUAAUCAUAAAAAACGCCCCGAACCUUGGGAAGUUCUAGUCUGUACAAAGUCAACAACAGAAGGAGAGUUAUCAAUAUUUGUUAAAAGAUGUUUUUUAUCUGCGAGAAAUGGUUUUGAAGGACAUCUAUUUUGCAUAGCAAAUUUAGAAUUACUUGACUUUGAACUACAACAUGGGUUAGUAAAGAAAAUACAAGAAGAUAUGGCUAAAAAAGAAACUGAUUUUUAUCUGGCUUUGAUUUGUUUUCAACAACCUGGAACGCAUCACCAUAUAUUGGAAGAAUUUUCGGAAAAUGUCCAACCAACUAAUGGAUUAAAUACUGAAGCAAUGAAACACAUUUUUCAUAAUAUAUGCUGUGAUGUUAUAUGUGUCACAUCAAAUCUAUCUGGUCAAGGCAAAACCGAAUGGAUUAAACAGGAUAGUUUCAAGAAAAAUAGACGUAUACAGAGUUUUCUUAUUAGUGAUGAUGCCAAUUUUGAAAACAUUGUUAGAGAAUUAAAAGAAUGUCAUAUAAAGAAUUACACUGAUCUCCAUAUAAAUAUUAUUUCCGCAAAUCAUCCGGAAGAUGUUAAUAUGUUUUUAUUUCAAAUAUUAAUGUUUGGGUUUGUAUCCAACAGUAUAGAUAUAGUGCAGCUUCAGCGAACCAAUGUUUACAUUGAGAUAUCCUCCUCUGUAGAAAAUCACUUAUUAGAUCUUUUACCGUUUACAAGUUAUCUAAAAAGAGUACAUUUAGAUUGGGAUAUAAAAAAUUUUAUUGUAUCUAAAGAAAUACAUAGCCCAAUUCAAAUUUAUUUCUUUGAAAGAAGUGCUCCAGAAGUUAUUUCGUAUCGUUUUCUUGAGAUUUUUACAAAUGUAUUGGCAGAUCAAUUAAUAAGGCUUUCAUCAAGUUCCUUUUUUAAAGUAGAAAAUUUAAAUUUAAUGGUAGAGGAAAAAAAUAUCAGAACAACAUUGUUAAAUACGUUGAUGGAUGUUUCUAAAGAUUUUUCCAUUAAAUCUUUUAAAACAAAAUCUGCACAAAGUAAAGCGAUCUCAAAAGAUGUUGAAAACUCAAAGUUAGAGGACAUUAUUCGUUGGGAUGAUUCAAAUCAUUUAUUAGUAUUUUUUUUAUCCCAAGUUCCCGAUUCAAUUUAUGCUUUGUAUCGAGAUAAAACAAAAGUCCCUGAUAAUGUUAGGGUAUUAUUGAAAAGUCAGAAUGUAGGGCAGGAUCGAUGGCAACUAGAUGAUUAUCACAAAUCAUCACCAGAAGAUUUAUUAGAAGUACUGGAAAAAUUAGCACGUAGAACCACACAUAAUAUUGAUUAUCCGUUGUAUGCAUUGUCGACUGAUAACUUGUUAAAAAUGGCAAUGAUUUUAUUAAGAACUCGUGCUAAUAUACCCGUAGUAAUUUGUGGAGAAGCCGGAUGUGGAAAGAUAUUAGCAGAUCGUCUUGAAUAUCGUUUGUUAAGAGAGGAAGCUCAAAAAAUGACAUUCAAAGAAUUUAUUGAUAAAGAAACUAAUCAUCAAAAAUCUGGAGAAAACUAUGAAUAUUUAAUGACAAGAUUUGAAUCUAUUUUUAUGUUGCCAGGAGCAGAUACAUGA